UCCCAAUCUCACAAUCUUCACUUCAUCUUUGAUCUAAUUCUUUUCUCUAUACUUCUCUCGCUUUCUACAGCAACGCAAAACCAUGCCUGCUGAGAACUCCAAACCCUCUGACAUUCUUGUUCUUCCCGAUUACCUCCAAGAAGAUGACCUCUCUCAAGAAUGUCGAGAGCUCAUUGCCACCUUACCCUCUGAACCGGGCUGGGUUGCGAACCGGCUUCACCAAUAUCAAGGCUUUUGGCACACCACCAGGCAAAUGCAAGGAGUGCUCAAUUGCCAGAACCACUUUCAAGCCCAUGACUCUGAUAUUCUCCUUAUCACUUCACCCAAAUCUGGCACUACGUGGCUCAAAGCUCUCACUUUCGCAAUUCUGAACCGUAAGACCUCUUGUCCAAACCUGAAUAAUCAUCUUCAUCCUCAUCCUCUUCUCACUACUAACCCUCAUGUUCUUGUACCAUUCUUGGAGCUCGAUCUGUAUCUUCACAAAACCAAGCCUGAUCUGAGUCUGUUAUCGUCACCUAGGCUCUUUUCAAGCCACUUACCUUAUGUUUCUCUACCUGAGUCUAUGAAGUGGUCUGCAUGUAAGAUAAUCUACUUGUGUAGAAAUCCUAAGGAUAUAUUUGUCUCUCUUUGGCACUUCACAAACAGAUUAAGACCAGAAACCAGAGGGCUCAAUUCCAUUGAGAAUACAUUUGACAAGUUUUGCAGAGGAGUGAGUCUUUAUGGUCCGUUUUGGGAUCACAUGUUGGGGUAUUAUGAAGCAAGUUUGGAGAGGCCAGAUAAGAUAAUGUUCUUGAGAUUUGAAGAGCUAAAGGCUGAGCCAGUUAAGGUCUUGAAGGAGAUAGCUGAGUUUAUAGGGUAUGGAUUUUCUAAGGAAGAAGAGAGUGGUGAUACUGCGAGUGAUAUGAGACUCUGUAGUUUUGAGAAUUUGAGCAAUUUAGAAGUGAAUAAGAAUGGAAAGUUGUCAAGUGGAGAAGAGAACAAGACUUUCUUCAGGCGUGGAGAAGUUGGAGAUUGGAAGAAUUAUCUUUCAUUUGAAAUGAUUGAACGACUUAAUAUGAUUACUCAAGAGAAGCUGGAGAAACAUGGCUUGAACUUUUAGAUCCAUGUACAUCGGACAUCAUCGUCAAGAACAUCCUGUCUACUGAUGAAGACGACAAAGUUUAGGUAAAAAUUUCUAUGUAUUUUGUUCAUUUAUGAAGUGUUGUGAUGAUUAGGUUGUGAAGUGUUGUGAUGAUAAGGUUGUGAAGUGUGAGGAUGUUGUGUGCAACAAGUGUGAGAAUGUAAUUGUUAAUUAAGCUGUUCUUUAAAAUGUUGAGAGUAAAAUA